AUGGCGGCCCCUGCCCUCUCCGUUCGGUCCGGUUCGGCGGGAAGCCUCGGGAACAGCCCCACCUCGGCCGCCGGGAGGCUUCCGCCCGGUGGCGGCGGCGGUAGCGGUGGGCCCGAGCUGGACUUCAGGUCGGCGGCCCGGAUGGAGGACCUGAACCGUCUCAUCCAGGAGUUUAGUAAACACGACCAGCGGGAAUACGAUGACCAGCGCGCCCUGGAGAUCCACACGGCCAAGGACUUCAUCUUCUCCAUGCUGGGAAUGGUUCAGAAGCUGGACCAGAAACUCCCAGUGGCCAAUGAGUAUCUCCUCCUUUCGGGUGGUGUUCGGGAAGGGGUGGUGGACAUGGAUCUAGACGAACUGAGCGUCUACGCUCGUGGCACAGAUUAUGACAUGGACUUCACCCUGUUGGUCCCAGCCCUUAAACUCCAUGAUCGUAACCAGCCGGUGACCCUGGACAUGAGGCACUCGGCGCUGGGCCACUCCUGGCUCAGCCUCCGACUCUUUGAUGAAGGAACCAUCAACAAAUGGAAAGACUGUUGCACCAUUGUCGACCACAUCAGCGGGACCACCAACUACUUCUUUUCUCCCACGCUAGUGGCGGACUGGUUCUACCAGUCCAUCUCACUGGUGCUGCUGGAGGUGCAGAAGAAGCCGCAGAGAGGAAUGCCAAGAGUGGAGAAGGUGGAGCGGAACGGGACCAUCAUCUCUGUCAUCCUGGGCGUUGGCAGCAGUCGGAUGCUCUACGACAUUGUCCCUGUGGUGUCGUUUAAAGGUUGGCCAGCCGUGGCUCAGAGCUGGUUGAUGGAGAACCAUUUCUGGGACGGAAAGAUCACGGAGGAGGAGGUGAUAAGCGGAUUCUAUCUCGUCCCUGCCUGUUCCUACAAAGGCCGGAAGGAUAACGAAUGGCGCCUGUCUUUUGCCCGCAGUGAGGUGCAGCUGAAGAAAUGCAUCUCAUCCAGCCUCAUGCAGGCAUACCAGGCUUGUAAGGCCAUCAUCAUCAAGCUGCUGUCCCGGCCCAAAGCCAUCAGCCCGUACCACCUCCGCAGCAUCAUGCUGUGGGCCUGCGACCGCCUCCCCGCCAACUACCUAUCACAGGACGACUUCUCCGCUCACUUCCUGCUGGGCCUGAUAGACGACUUGCAGCAUUGCCUCGUAAACAAGAUGUGUCCCAACUACUUCAUUCCUCAGUGCAACAUGCUGGAGCACCUGUCGGACGAGACCGCCAUGCUGCACGCCCGCAAACUGUCCUCCGUGCGGUCCGACCCGACCGAGCACCUCCGCACCACCAUCGAGCACGCCAAGGCUGCCAACAGGCUGACGGUGGAACUGCAAUGGCGAGGCAGCUCCAACAACCUGCCGUCCCCGCAGUCCGACGCCGGCGGAGACCACCAGCCGGAUGACCGGCUGGCCAAGAAGCUUCAGCAGCUUGUCACGGAGAAUCCCGGGAAGUCCAUCUCGGUCUUCAUCAACCCGGACGACGUCACGCGGCCGCACUUCCGCAUCGAUGACAAGUUCUUCUGAGACUGAGAGACGUCUUCCUAGACCUCCUUCUCUUUGUGCUCCUCACAUGGCGCCCCGCUGCCUCUGAAACUUUGUUUUUUACUUUUUUUAGUUUUCCUGCCACAAAGUGAGGUGAUUGUUUCGUCGUCUGCCACAGUUUUUUUAUUUAGUUAGUUUUAUUUUUCUAUUCCCGACCCCCUUCCCUCCUUCUCACUGUGUGCCCUGUGUUUUCUACCUGCUGAAUGCCUUUUAAACAGGCCGCUGAUUAGCAGCAGCUUGUUUUUAAAACCGAAGGAGGGGACAGAAGUCCACCUGGAGACGGAGCUGCUGUUCCAGUAAAACAGACUAAAAACGAUCAGGGAUCCUGGUAACGAGACAAAUUCAUCGACUCCUGGAGGCACCAGAUCCGGAUGAGCCUAGGGAUGCACCGAUACUGACACCAGUGCCGAUAUCGGUGCAUCCCUUUGGCGCGGUAUGAGGGCCAAAAUGAAGACUACUGCCCAGCAGCAGGAGGCUACAUAAAUUCUGAAGCAAACUACCGACCUGAUUAAUAAUAAGCUGGCGCCGGUAACUGAGAGGCUGGCGCUGCUUACUGAGAAAUAGCACCUUUACCGGUGUUACUACUAGAAACGCUAGGGACUAGCAGCCCUCGGCUGGUCAUUGACUGGUUCAAACACUCCCUCUCUGCUGUCUAUUAGCAUGGAUAGGCUAGCGUUAGCCUGGACGGGCUGGUGUUAGCAUUGGAGAGGCUAGCCAUUAGCGUGCCUAGGCUGGCCACUAGCUGAAUUUCCUACCUCCUCAACGGACCAAUAAAAUGGAUAGGCUGGCGUUAGCAUCAGAGAGGCUAGCCAUUAGCGUGCCUAGGCAUGCCACUAGCUGGAUUUCCUACCCCCUCGACGAACCUUAAGCAUGGAUAGACUGGCAUUAGCAUCGGAGAGGCUAGCCAUUAGCAUGUCUCGGAGAGUCACUUACUCUACUAGAUUUGUUUUUUUUUUACUUUUACUAAACGGAUGACAUACUAUGAGACCUGCAAUCACAGUUGUUCCUUUGACAGAACGCGUUGUUAUACACAUUAACUUAAAGCAGAUUGUAAAGCCGACAGCCUGUUAGCAUUGAUUAGGUUCUGCGUUAACUCCAUUCAGCUCUUAAUUACAGGUUGAUGGCAUUUUCUUUUUAUAUAGUUUGGUUUUCUUUCACAUGUCAGAGAAAAAGCCAGAGCUAACUAGUUUGUACUUUUCAUCUUUGGAUUUUAAAUCCUUUGUAUUGAAUUACAGGUUAAUAAUUAUUUAAACUGUGAUGUUAUCUUUAUUAUAACUAUAUAAUAUGUACAAAAAAAAUACAUCUAAUAGAGUAACUGACUCUCCGAGACAUGCUAAUGGCUAGCCUCUCCGAAGCUAACGCCAGCCUAUCCAUGCUAAAUGUCAGUCAAGGGGGUGGGAAAUCCAGCGAGUGGCCAGCCUAGGCACGCUAAUGGCUAGCCUCUCCAAUGCUAACACCAACCCGUCCAGGCUAACGCUAGCCUAUCUAUGCUAAUAGACAGCAGAGGGAGUGUGUGAACCAGUCAAUGACCAGCCGAGGGCUGCUAGUCCCUAGCAUAUCUAGUAGUAACGCCGGUGUCGGUACAAGAUCUGCUCGGGUGCAAGAUCGGCUCGGGGUCCGUCGACUACCGAUGACGUCAAAGUAGUUGAUUGGCUGAACAUGAACCUUACGGAAUUACAUAAUCACGUUACGUUGUUAUCACGUUACGUUGGUCCAGGCAAAUCUUUCUGUUGGAAAGAUGGACAACUUUUACAAAGAAAUCCAUCAUUACCUCUUCGAAAAUACACUUUUAGCGCUGAGCUGCAUGUAUAUUAGGGCUGAACGAUUAACUGCAUGUGCAAUUAAAUUGCGAUGUGACAAAAGGAGAUUUUCUAAUCGCAACGGCUGCAAUUUGGCAGCGAGUGGUUAGCGCAAUGCUAAUAUACAUGGAAAAACCCAUAGCAAUACUAAUGCUAAUAUCGCCAAUUACAUUCUUACAAAUUAUGAAUUAGAAACGUGCCAAAUGAUUACAUUUGGAGUGUAACAGAAAGUAAAACUACCAUCAAAUAAGUACAGACAGGUAUUUUAGUAAAGCCAGAAAACUUUAAACUCCAGAGUUUUGGCUAGCAGCUAUGAGCGUACCUGAACUACGCAUGGACAAGACGUCAAAAACUCUAAACACAAAAUGCUUCAAUAAACGGGACACACUUGUUUCCUGCAAAUACAAUUUCACAGGUGUUGCUAAUACCUAUGAUCCUUCAAGGGAUGUGCUCAAAGAGGAGUUCAACAUUAUGAAUGUGUAGAUGUGUGAUGUAUUUUGUCCGAGUGGGUUUGCCGUACUUUGACGUCAUCGGCAGUCGAAGGACCCCGAGCCGAUCUUGUACCGACACCGGUAAAGGUGCUAUCUCUCAGUUACCGGCGCCAGCUUAUCAAUCAGGUCGGUAGUUUGCUUCAGAAUUUAUAAAGCCUCCUGCUGCUGGGCAGUAGUCUUAAUUUUGGCCCCCAUACCGCGCCAUACACUCCUAGAUGAGAGUAAGGUCACAGACACAACAAGAGUCUUGAUCAGAAAUCAGAACUUAAACAUUUGAAAUGUUCACACCAGAGCAACAGCUGGGGGAUGAACCGCGUUCAGGAGUUGUUGUGAUGUCUCAGAACCAGGAGUGGACCCAGCAGAGGUCUGUCCAAAGGUGGGCUUCCCCCCUGUGAGGAAUGUCUUGGUCCUGCUGGGCCCUGAUGGUACUAAUGUCUUAGAAGCUAACUGUAAAUAGAAGAAGACUGACCGAAGAGUGGACACUGGACUACAAAGAGACUGACGAUGAUUUGUGGGCUACUUUUUGUCUAAUUUUGCACAGAAUGUAAAAACAAAAAUCACCACUUCUCCUGAGGCUGGACAUCGUGUGGUUCAGAGGGGUGGUGCCGUACCAACGAGGGUCAUUCUGCUUCGUAGUAGCUCCUCAGUAGGACGUGUUCCCCCAUAGGGCUUCCUGUCCACAGUUGGUCCUCAGCCAGAUUCCUUCUGGUGUCCUGCUGGGGCUACGGGAUCUUCAGCCCUCUAUGAAAGCCCACGUCUGGUUUACCUCCAUCAGAACUCAGAUCACAUCUCUGAUUUUUGUGGAUGUGGUUGACCUGAUGGCUUCUUCUAGCCAGGACCUUCAGCAGGCACUGGGACGGGAAUCAGCCUGAGGAGCGCCCAACUUCGGGCUAGGAAGGAGCUUGUGUUGGGUGUGGAAGGGUUCCGGUGUCUGUGGGUGUGGUGAGACUGGAAGCCGGAUCUGAUCCAUGUGCUAAACUGGUCUGUUGCACAGAAGAUUUGAAUCUAAAGGUGAAGCUCUCACCAGAAGGUCACCACCCAAAGUUCUUGCCCACAGGUGACAUGUGGGUUGGUGAUUGUUCAUUAAUUCCAGAGCGUCAACUUUAGAUUCAAAUCUGUGAGAGUGAGAGGGUGAGGAACGCUGAGGUGCCUCUCAUCCAGAAGAGUCCUCUGUGAUGAUGAUGAUGAUGAUGAUGAUGAUGAUGAUGAUGGAUGGAUGAUCUAUCAUUCAUCACCUCACAAACAUGAAUGAUUUAAGCAUCUAAACAGGGGGCGGAGCAACACGUGACCUCACCUGUCGGGUGUUUUCAGGUUAAGAUCUCCCGUCAGGUACGGCACCACACCUGCCUUAACCUACGACUUUCCACGCUCUCACCACCUGGUUCUGACCCACUGUGAUCACGUCUCGUUGAGCUCCGCUGGACCUUCAGAACCUGACUUCUCUUCAGCUGCUUCUUCACGUUUUUGGGUCAGAACCGGUCGCAGCAGGUCAAAUCGGGUCAGUCCCACCUGAUCUAGCUGGGGGUUUCCCAUAUACCGGCUCGCCGUCAGGUUCUGGCGGUUCUGUCCGAGCGUUGUGGGUCGUUCCUGAGCCGCUCGAGUUGAUUCUGGUUUCUGUGUUUGUGUAAACGUCUCAAACAUUUUCUUAAAAUUACCAAAAAAAAUAAUCCUGGAAGACAUCUGACCAGAAAUGUACAGUCCACACGUCCUCAUCCUCAAGUGCAAUUAGUGACCACUCACUCACUCACACACACACACACACACACACACGCACACGUACACGCACACACACACACACACACACACACACACGCGCACACGUACACGCACUCACACACACACACACUCACCAUGUAGCAUAACGAUGAAACCACUAAACACAAACUCACUCCAUCACUCAGAGGUUUUUAAGUGCCACACACACUCCUGCUCAGUGGUCAGUGUGUUUUUUUCGCACUCUCUCUCUCUCUCUAUCUAUCUAUCUCUCACACACACACACCUCCUCUUUCUCUCUCGCUCUCUCUCUCUUUCUCACACACACCUCCUCUUUCUCUCUCUCUUUCUCACACACGCUCCUCUUUCGCUCUCUCUCACACUUCUCUUUCUCUCACACACACACUCCUCUCUUUCGCUCUCUCUCACACUUCUCUUUCUCUCACACACACACUCCUCUCUCUCUUUCUCACGCACACACAUCUCUCUCUCUCUCAUACACACUUCUCUCUUUCUCACACACACACUCCUCUCUCUUUCUCUCUCACACUCACUCCUCUCUCUCUUUCUCACACACACACCUCUCUCUCUCUCUCAUACACACUCCUCUCUUUCUCACACACUCACUCCUCUCUCUCUUUCUCUCUCACACACACACACUCCUCUCUUUCUCUCUCACACACACUCCUCUCUCUUUCUCUCUCUCAAAAACACACCUUCUCUCUCUCUCUCCACCACCUCCUGACUCCCCUUUUCUAUUCUGCUGCUCGGUCUGAUUCUGGCGAAGGAUUUCUGUCUGUGGUGUCGGUCCAGCUGGCCCGCUCCUCAGACAUCUCUUCCUCGUCUCAGAACAUCCUGAACACUAAAGUCCAAACAAAUCUCUGAGCACAUCUUAUUCUGUUCUAGUGAAUCACUCUGAAGAAAUGCCCAGAUCUCACUUUAUAGUGUCUAAACUGUAGAACGUAUGAGAAUGUGUAAUAAAAGAAUCCAAGCGGU